GCUUUGGAAAAGAAAUGCACUGAAUUUACAAAAUCAUCCACUGAACUAGUAGUACUAGCCAGGAGUAGUAUGCUGUAGUACUCCAGGAAGUAGUGCAGAUCCAUCCUACCCAACGCAAACACACUGCAUUUUCAUAUGUCAAGCGACGGCGACGUGCCCAUGGCCGACGCCGACGCCGGCAAGGUCCUCGACGCCAUCGCCACAAGCACCCACGCCUCCGACGCGCAGCACCACCCUACUACCGAGAGCGCCCUGGCCUCCGACGCGCAGCAGCACAUUGCCACCGAGAGCGCCCUGCUGGCCUCUGAGGCGCAGCAGCACCCGGCCGCCGGGAGCGCCCUGGCCGCCGCCGCCACCGCGCCAGCCAAGGAAGCGGCGCCGCCCGAGCCCGACAGCCACUUCCUGGACCUGCGCGGGGAUGACGCCGCGGGGAGUUUCCUGGACUGUGAGGAUCUGGAGGAGCAGAAUCAGAGGCUCAGGGCUGAACUGGACGCCACGACGAAAGAGCUCGAGUGGAAGAUGGACAAGAUUGCAGAAUUGCAGGAGCUGGAGAAGGGUGCUUUGGAGGUCAACACACUGGACAUGGCAGGUGGAGAGAGCAAGCUGGCUGACCAUGAUCUGGCGCUGCAUGAGCUGGAGAAGAGUGCUGAAUUUUCACCUCAACUUUAG